AUGAUGUACGGAUCGGAGACUUGGGCAGCACCAUCAACGGUUAUGGAGAGGCUUGACUGUACGGAACGAAAGUUGCUUAGACGGCUACUUGGCUACUUUUGGCCUAGGGUAUGUCACAAUGAAGAUCUUUACGCAGAAAUUGAUGUGGUAUACAGGCGGAUGACACGUAGAAAACAUCAACAUCUUGCACCGCCAUCGAAAGUGGCUAAAGUAAAUUGUCUUCGCUUCUUUGGUCAUAUAUUAAGGAGACCGGCAGAUCGCCUUGUUCAACGAGUUCUGAGGAGUUCAUCGGGUUCGAGCUGGAAGAAGCCACCUGGCCAAAAACGGAAGUUCUGGGACACUGAGGACACUCGGCGUGGAUAG